ACUGUUCCUUUGACCUGGAGGCGUUACAACAGCGAGUUUCAACUUUCAAUGCCAUACACUCUUCAACACCCCCCCCCAAAAAAAAAAAAAAAAAAAAAAAAAACUCUCAAUGCCAUACAGUAAAGCAACAUUCUUUUCCCUUUUACGGUUUUUUUUUUCAAUUUCCUUGAGACCAAAAAGCAUAUGGAGAUGAAUCAAAUCAAAGCCAAUGCGCUCUACAAGUUGCCUUAAUUUGCCACUACAUUUUGCUGAUUAUGUUAAACAGAUACAGUAGUUCUCUUUCAAGAAAAUGCAUGAUACGAGCAAUGAGAAUCCUGGUGCCUCUACAAACUGAGUUUCCCAAGAACUGAUCUUGGUGCGUUAUUUCUCACAGAAAGACAAUAUGCUGAGGAGAUGAGGGUGGAAAAAACCAAUCUGCUUGUUAUAAUUGGCUUUUUUCUCAUCUGGGUGCCUCUCUUCAAUGCUCAGCUACCAGGGCUUUCAACACGCUCCCUAGAUGCGCUUCUUCAAGACAAUGCUUUCGUGGCCUUCGGUGCGCACCCCAAAACAGGCAUUCCUUAUGAGAGCCACCACAUUCCCAGUAAUCUCACUGGAAUUCAAGUUUCAGCUUUGAGGCUUAGGAGUGGUAGUUUGAGAACCAGAGGGGUUCAUAGUUUCAAGGAGUUUCAGAUCCCAGUUGGUGUUGCUGAGCAGCCUUAUGUGGAGAGGCUUGCUUUGGUCUACCACAACCUCGGUAACUGGUCUAAUUCUUUUUACCCUUUACCUGGUUUUUCAUAUUUAGCUCCUGUUCUUGGUCUCCUAGCCUAUAAUGCUUCUGAUUUGUCUGCUUCAAAUGUGCCUGAAUUGAGUUUAAGAGCAUCUGAUAAGCCCAUUUUGGUAAAGUUUCCAGAUUUGAAAUUAGGUCCUGAUGGGUUGUCACCAAAGUGUGUGUAUUUUGAUUUACAUGGUUCAGUGCAGUUUGACAAUGUGUUGCCAGGGAAUGUAUGUUCAGCAAUUCAAGAAGGACAUUUUUCUAUAGUUGUAGAGUCCAUUGCUCCUUCACCAGCUCCAGGUGUGGAGGUUGUUCCUCCUAUUGCUGCUAAAACUGCUAAAAAUGGUGGAAAGGACCAGUCUAAGGUGUGGAGAGUGUUUGGAUCUUUACUUGGUGGGUUUAUUCUAUUGGGUCUAUUGGGUUUAUUUGCUGUGUGGUUGAGAAGGUUCAAACAUGGGAAGAAGGUGCAGCAAAUGGAAUGGGUGGCAGAUAGGGGUGAGACUUUGCAGAUAACAACCUUUGGGAAUGCCAAGGCUCCUUUGGCAAUGGGAACUCGGACAAGACCAGUAUUGGAGAAUGAAUAUGUGCCUUAGAUUAAACUCGCCAAAGUUUUUUGUUUCUUCAUUCAUAGUUCAGUUCAGUUCAGUUCAAGUAUUCAAUUCUCAUAUUCUUUCUUUUUGAAUAUCAAUCAGUUUGUUUUCUUUGUUUUGAUAUCUAGAUUAAAUUCACUUAAGUUUUUUGUUUCUUCAUUCAUAGUUCAGUUCAGUUCAGAUUCUCAUAUU